CGAAAACCCUUGGCUUUCGUCCGGUCCACCCUUACGUUUGGUUCCAGCUUGCCUCAGACAACAAGAGAAGACAGAGAAGCGAAGCUGAAAAAGUUCUCCAAUGGCGGAAAACAAGCAAAUCCCUUCGCAGUUAGAUUUAGAUGCCAAAUGGGAUGCUUGCCUUGAUAUUACGGUUCGUCGGGUUGUUUAUUCUUCGUUGUCUGGUGCUUUGGGCGGUUUACUUUUCUUCAGGAGUCCUAUGACACGAUGGGCAUCUUUAGCGCUUGGUGCUGGUGUGGGUAUUGGGUCAGCAUACACUGAGUGUUCUUACAAAUUUGGUGGGCCUCCUCCAAAGUUCACACCUCCAGAAGUUUCACAAUCUCCUGCUUCUGAGGGUAAGCAGGACUGAGAUUGGAGAUGCUCUAGGGUUUUUACCCAAUUUUUGAUCAAUUUUUUGUAAGUUGGGAAGAUAUUGCUUCUUUUCUCCUGUGUUUGCUUUUACCAAUACUGUCCAAGGGUACUUAUGUGAAAGGACAAACAUUUUACUGGUUAUGCCUACAAAUAUCUUAUAAACGCUGUAGCUUUUUGUUGUGGAA